AACUACUAUUUUUUUGAACCCCAUAAAAAUAAAAAACAAAACAAAAAAAGAGGAAGAAAGAGAAGGGGCCGUCUGAGCUGUGCUCUUUCUGUCCACGCGUUCUUCUUCCAUUUCCAGCUUCCCAAGUCCCAGCUCCAAUCCGGCGAGAAAGAAAAACUGCGCUUCCAGCAUUGGAUCUGGGAAUGCUUUGAACAGUCUUCUUUUCAUAUUUUCUUUCGCUGUCUCCUUCAAGCUUCUUCGUCUUUUGGUGGGUGGUUGCAAUUUCGGUCUCUCAGGGCUGGCAAGCUGGGUACACGACUGGAAUAUUUGAGCUGAAAUCUUAUUUUUGUCGCGGAAAACUUCGACGCAGUUGUAUUCUCAUGAGGGACGUUCGGAAGCAAGAUGAUUGAACAAUUCAUUAAUUUUGUCAUUCGCCCUCCCAGGGCAGAGUACAACCCUGAUCAGUAUCUUUGGGAAAAGGACUUCACUCUCGCAGGAAGAACUUACAAACGAGAAGACUUGGAGCUUAAGAAUGCAAGAGGCCAUACUUUGCUAUGUAGUCAUUAUCUACCUUCGCCAUUCCCUGAGGAUACUCCUCUUCCUUGUGUUAUAUACUGCCAUGGAAACAGUGGAUGUAGGGCAGAUGCAAAUGAGGCUGCUGUAAUUCUUCUUCCAUCAUACAUUACCCUUUUUACUCUUGAUUUUUCGGGGUCGGGCUUAUCUGAUGGUGACUAUGUCAGCCUUGGUUGGCAUGAGAGAGAUGAUCUGAAGGUUGUAAUCUCAUAUUUAAGAAGCAACAAACAAAUUUCCCAGAUAGGUCUUUGGGGACGAUCCAUGGGGGCAGUCACUAGCCUUCUUUAUGGAGCAGAAGACCCCUCUAUAGCUGGAAUGGUGUUGGAUAGUGCCUUUUCAAACUUGUAUGAUCUAAUGAUGGAACUUGUGGAUGUGUACAAAAUUCGGCUUCCUAAAUUCACUGUUAAGAUGGCUGUACAGUAUAUGCGACGGGUAAUUGAAAGGAAGGCAAAGUUUGAUAUAAUGAAUCUUAAUUGUUUACAGCAGGUUGCACCCAAAACAUACAUUCCUGCUUUAUUUGGACACGCCAGUGAUGACAAAUUCAUUCAACCCCAUCACUCUGACCUCAUUUUUAAGUCCUAUGCGGGGGAUAAAAAUAUUAUAAAAUUUGAUGGUGAUCACAACUCCUCACGACCACAGUUCUAUUAUGAUUCUGUUUCCAUUUUCUUCUACAAUGUCCUUCACCCCCCUCAAAUUUCUACUGCUCAAUCAAGUAAGCUAGAGAAAUAUUAUGAUUUGGGGGAUUUGAAGGCCGCUGCUGGUAUGAAUGAGAGCCUCUUAUACGAGAUAAUCACUGGUCUUCAUUCUGCGGGUACUGAUGCUGCGAGCUCAUCUUCAGCUCGUCGUAGCACUUCAGCCUCAAAGUCUGUGGGUGAACUUCUUUCUGAAAUUGCACCGGUGACUACUGUUGAUUCGAUGCUUAAUGAGAACCAUUCACUUAGCAAUCUUGAAAAUUUACAGGAUAAGCCCAAUGGCCAGAAUGAAGAAUGUUGCUCGUAUACAAGCUCAAAUAGAGAAAGUUGGGGAAGAUGCUCAUCUUUAGGAGGCAGUGAUGAAGAAUCUUCUGCGGACUGCAAGGCUGUUGACAACAGUCAUCAGAGGACUCUUCAGGUGUAUGCAACACCUCUUCGGAACGUUGAACAUAGAUCGUCAGACUCUACAAAAGAGGAAAAGAAGAAGAAGACUGUGGUUGCUCCAAAGAAGCAUAGAAGCGAGAAAUUUGAAAAGUUAGAAGCUCUAAGCAAACGACUACGUCUUUGCUUUCUGAAGCGGGUGAACCAUCGAAGACAACGCUCUUCAUGACAGCUGUAUUGUGAAAUGGUGUUUGUAACUGUGACCAAGGUGGUAAUCCUUCUAGUUUCUUGUCAAAGGGCAUUGAAGCAGGAGUGUUCAUUGAUUUCAGAGUGCCAUUCAUCAAACAUGGGCUUUUUGUGAAAGAUUGGUUUCGUUGAAAACUCUCUCUCAUGCUCACAAUUUGUUUAAUAGGUCAUGUAUGACAAAUUUCAUGUAGCAUGUAAGUGUUCUGAAUGUUGGGUAGGAAAGGAUUUCUUAGCAUUAGGAGUUUAUGAUACUAAAAAAAGCAGUAGGAGCUUUCAUUGUCAAAAGCAGCAGCAAGCUGGACAUCAUUUUGGUUAAUCCACAGUGCAAUUCAAAUUUGGGUGUA